AUGGUAGCUUCACGAUACUUGGUAAAGGGAGCUUCUUCCCUUACCCGAACUUCAAUGUUAUCGAGAUCAAUGGCAACUGUACAAUCAUCAAUCGGUGAUAAACAAGUACCCAUGUCAAACCUUGAAAAAGGUAAAUUCGUAAAUUACGCUAGAAUCGAAAGCAAUUUACAAAUCGUUCGACAAAGACUCAACCGACCACUUACCCUUGCUGAGAAGAUCGUUUACGGUCAUUUGGAUAACCCUCACGAGCAAGAUAUCGAGCGAGGUGUUUCUUACCUCAAGCUCCGACCUGAUCGAGUCGCUUGUCAAGAUGCUACUGCUCAAAUGGCUAUUCUCCAAUUCAUGUCUGCUGGUCUUCCUCAAACCGCCGUCCCUACUUCCGUGCACUGUGAUCACUUGAUCCAAGCUCAAGUUGGUGGUCCAAAGGAUUUGGCUCGUGCUAUCGACAUCAACAAGGAAGUCUACGACUUCUUAGCCACUGCCUGUGCUAAAUACGGUAUUGGUUUCUGGAAACCUGGAUCUGGUAUCAUCCACCAAAUCAUCCUAGAAAACUACGCUCUUCCUGGUCUCAUGAUGAUUGGUACCGAUUCUCACACUCCUAACGCUGGUGGUCUCGGUAUGGUCGCUUGUGGUGUUGGAGGUGCCGAUGCUGUCGACGUUAUGGCUGGUAUCCCCUGGGAGCUUAAAGCCCCCAAGGUUAUUGGUGUCUAUCUCGACGGAAAGAUGAGCGGAUGGACCACCCCCAAGGACGUCAUCCUCAAGGUAGCUGGUAUCCUCACCGUCAAGGGUGGUACCGGUGCUAUCAUUGAGUACCACGGUCCUGGUGUCGAAUCUCUCUCCGCUACUGGUAUGGCUACCAUCUGUAACAUGGGUGCUGAAAUCGGUGCUACCACUUCCCUUUUCCCUUACAACAAGCGAAUGUCCGCUUACCUCGAAGCCACCGGUCGAUCUCAACAAGCCGCUUACGCUCAAGAGUUCAACCACAACCUUCAACCCGAUGAAGGAUCAGAGUACGACCGAAGAAUUGAAAUCAACCUCAACGAGCUUGAACCUCACAUCAACGGUCCUUUCACCCCUGAUCUUGCCACCCCAAUCUCCAAGUUCGCCGAGGAGGUUAAGAAGAACAACUGGCCUGAGGAGCUCAAGGUCGGUCUUAUCGGUUCAUGUACCAACUCUUCGUACGAAGACAUGUCUCGAUCCGCUCACAUCGCCCAAGAGGCUGCCGACCACGGUCUCAAAACCAAAUCCAUCUUCACCAUCACCCCCGGUUCCGAACAAGUCCGAGCUACCAUUGCUCGAGACGGUUUCGUUGACACAUUCGAGAACGUCGGUGGUGUCGUACUUGCCAACGCCUGUGGACCUUGUAUCGGUCAAUGGGAUCGACAAGAUGUCAAGAAAGGUGAAGUCAACUCUAUCAUCUCUUCUUACAACCGAAACUUCACUGGACGAAAUGAUGCCAACCCCGCCACCCACGCUUUCGUUGCUUCCCCCGAUCUCGUUACUGCCAUGACUUUCGCUGGUUCCCUUACCUUCAACCCCUUGACCGACUCCCUUAAGGGUGCCGACGGUAAAGAAUUCAAAUUCUCCGACCCCGCUGGUCACGAGCUCCCAUCUAGAGGUUACGACCCCGGAGAGAACACUUUCCAAGCUCCCCCUGAAGAUGGUACCACCGUCAACGUAGCUGUUUCCCCUUCAUCUGACCGACUUCAACUCCUCACACCCUUCAAGGCAUGGGAUGGACAAGACAUUGUCGAUGCUCCUGUACUUAUAAAAGCCAAGGGAAAAUGUACCACUGAUCACAUCUCUGCCGGUGGACCAUGGCUUAAAUACCGAGGACAUCUCGAAAACAUCUCUCAAAAUUGUUUGAUCGGUGCUAUCAACGCUGACAGUGGUGAAGCCAACAAGGUCCUCAACCAAGAGACUGGAGACUUUGGACCUGUCCCUACCGUCGGUGCUUACUACCGAGACAAGAACAUUCCUUGGGUUGUCGUAGGAGAUGAGAACUACGGAGAAGGUUCAUCUCGAGAACACGCUGCUUUAGAACCUCGAUUCCUCGGUGGACGAGCAGUUAUCUGUCGAUCAUUCGCUCGUAUCCACGAGACCAACUUGAAGAAACAAGGUAUGCUUCCUCUUUGGUUCAAAAACUCUGCCGAUUACGACAAAAUCUCCGGUACCGAUAAAGUCUCCAUUGUAGGCUUGGCCGACUUCAAGCCUGGUCAAGAUAUCAAGGUAGAGAUCACCCACAAAGACGGUUCAAAAGAUUCUUUCCUCACCACCUCAUCAAUCAACGAAGGUCAAUGGGAAUGGUUCAAAGCUGGUUCUGCUCUUAACAAGAUGGCUGCCGCUGCUAAAGCCAGAAACGCAUAG